AUGGAUCUGUAUUCGCAUCUUGUGCCUGUUUAUGACAUUGAACCACUGGAAAAGGUCACCGAUGCGUACCUGGAUCAGUAUUUGUGGUAUGAAGCAGACAAACGUCGUCUGUUCCCCAACUGGAUUAAGCCCAGCGACACGGAGCCGCCACCGUUGCUUGUUUAUAAAUGGUGUCAAGGCAUCAAUAAUUUGCAAGAAGUUUGGGAUACCAGCGAAGGCGAAUGUGACGUGAUGCUGGAAGCACGUCUGGAGAAAGUUUACGAGAAAAUGGACUUGACAUUACUGAACAGAUUGCUAAGGUUACAAAAUCCCCUUGCCUUGUUAUAUUAUAUGUUCAGUAUUAACAAAAGCAAAAAAAAAAAAACGACAAGGUUGAAGUAA